AUGGAUCCUCCUGUAAUCUCUCCUCACAUCCAGAGCAGUGGAAUUCAAAACUAUUCUGGAAGCCAGGAUCCGACAUCGUCUGUCAGGCGGACCAUCGAGAAGGAGCUUGAGGGAAAAGUCCUCUAUGAUCAGCAAAUUGUUUUCGACACUCUUUUCAUGGGCAAGGUCAACGAUAAAUUUGUCAAUUCAUGUCUAUCCGCAUUCAAACAGAGUGAUCAAAUGCAAGAUGCUGUUCGAAGUCUCAAAUCUCUGGAGGGUGAGCGCAAGGAAGGUGCCCGCCACACCGGCCAAAGGAAACGUGAAAGGGACAUGUACCCUCAUUUGGAUCAUAUUUUCAAGUUUAUCACAACGUUCGACCGAGCCUCGGCAACCAUGACUCAGAAUGCUCGCAAGUUUCAUAUCUCUCUGAGUCCGAUUGCAGAUGGCGGUCACACUUUUGGGUUUCCGAAGGGACAGCCCGAUUUCAUUAUAGCAAAUGCAGAGGCCGGUUAUCCUAUUUGGAGAGAUGUAUCUGCGUUCGUAGAGGUCAAGGCUACGAAGAAGCAGGGACCGAAGCCGAUCAGAGCUAGAGAUGGAACGAUCCAAGAAAUCGUUGUGCAAGCAGCGGAUUAUGCGCGCCUGUUCUUGUCCGCUCGCCCGUUCAUGCUUUUUGCGGUGGCCCUCCUCAUAUCUGGAUCUGAGUUCUGCGUUGGGAUAUUCGAUCGUGGUGGUGUCAGGCUCUCUCCGGUGCUCGACAUGUGGGAGAAAUUGGUUACAUUUAUCAAAGUAAUCCGAUCCCUUUCUUGCGAUCUAACAGAGGUAGAGCUUGGACUGGAUCCGACAGUCUUUGAAGUCGAUCACCAAACCGCUACUGAUUUGUGGGUGGAUACAUCCUAUCCAACCUAUUUAGUUGGCCCUGUGGGAGACGAUGCCGAACAACGAACCUGGUGCACAAUUGAUGUCCCUCGGUGGAGUUCUCUUUCGUUCACAGGCCGCGGAACCAUGGUCUGGAAAGUUAGGGAGUACAUCAAGGAUAGGGAUAACAACAAGAACAGAUUGAAUGGGCCAGAGAUGAUUCUGAAGAAUUUCUGGCGUAGCAGCAAGCGCGACUCCGAAUCCAUAAUCUAUCAAUCUGUGCAGGGCGAGCAUCCCGGGUUGGCCAAAUUCCUCGCUGGAGGAGAUGUACGAGAUCCGCGACCUGUCUUGCGACAGAAGACAGUGACCAACCCGCCUGAUCAUGUUGCCAAAGGUAUUUUGGAUGAGAUCAUCUCUGUUCGCCACCUCCGUGGAGACGCCCUUGACGCUUCGGCACCGACUCCCGUUCUUCACCGCUUACUACUAAGUACUGUCGGUAGGCCGUUGUGGCAAUACUCGUCUGACAUCGAAUUGCUCAAGGGUAUGCGGGCGGCACUGGAAGGGCAUAGAUUCCUUUGCGAACAGGGCAUUCUACAUCGUGAUAUCAGCGCGGGUAAUAUCUUGCUGGCAGCAGGUUCCAGUGCCCCCCCUGGGUGUGAAGGCUUCAUCACGGACCUGGAAUUUGCGUGGACGGAGACAGUGAUUGGGCCUUCCAAUCUGUCUCCCGAAACGGCAUUAAGCGUUCCAGCGCAGCGUAGAGCUGCUAUCACUGGGACACUACAGUUCAUGGCUAUGCAUCUGUUAAAUUGCCUCAAACGUAAACAAAAAGAUGCAGUUCACACCGUUGAACACGACCUAGAAUCCUUUAUAUGGUCCAUGGUAUACGCCAUCUUACGGAAGCUGCUCACCGUACAAGAUGCUCCUUCACAUGAGAAGACGUUACUCACGACUAUGUUCCAAGACUCUUUUGGGAGACUGACCAUAGAUAAGAUUCUUAAAUCUCGGCGGGACCUCACACCCUUUGAUUUUCUUUCGGAUGACGUCCUGAACGAGGGAACGCUUCUUCGGCGCAACAUGUCCCGUGGGCUGUUUGAUUUCGUUCUUCAAGUUGGAACCUCUACGAUGCGACGAAGAUCGGACAUGCUCAAGUAUGGUAAACUCAACCCCACCCGGUUCCAUAAUGUUGAUCCCCUAAAUGUACGGGAUGGGCCUCUCAGUCAUACAUGGAUCAAUUCUGCCUUGACGGAGGUCAUUGAGGUUAUCGAGGCGGGUUCCCAGAAUUGGUAUCCUGUUGUCUGA